AUGAACAUACAAGAGUUGUUGGUAAUCGGGGACUCUGAUUUGCUCAUAAAUCAAAUGAAAGGAAAUUGGGCAACCAGAAAUGAUAAGAUACUCCCAUGUGUGAAUCUAGUACAAAGGUUGUGCGGAAGAUUCAAAAGUAUUGAUUCCAGGCAUACUCUGAGGGCUCAAAAUGAGUUUGCUGACGCAUUGGCUACGAUAGCCUCCAUGAUCCAGCACUCCGAGAUUACUCACAUUGAUCCACUAGAGAUCACACUAAGAGAAGAACAGGCUCACUACGCCCAUGUCGAGGCCGAGCCGGAUGACCAACCAUGUGCCGACAUCAAAGCCUACCUGGAAAAAAGAGAGUAUCCCUCAGAGAGUUCAGCAAAUCAAAAGAAGACCAUUAGGAGGUUGGCUAAUGGGUUCUUCUUGAACAAAGAAGUAUUGUACAAAAGAAUCCCCGACUCGGUUGCUCAAGUGCGUAGACGCUGA